UUCAUGGACUGUUUUGUUACAUGUCGGCAGGGCUGAUUUGUUACAUCCGGGCGGGAUUGCUACAUAAAUAGGGCUGUUUUGUCACAUCGGGUUGUUUUGUUACGGGAGAUCGGGCGGUUUUGCUACCAUUCCGGCUGUUUUGUUACCGUGCAUAAUUUCAAGAUGGCAGCGUGAAUGGCAGCAGCGACACUCCAACAGUAGUUUAGCAAAUCUUUUUGGUUAAGUUUGGGGCCUGUGCUGUAUUGUAAACAAAACUCUCUCUACAAUAAGUUGUUCAAAGUUUAUGCUGGCUAGCUAACUGUGUUUUGCUUUGGUUUAUAUCGCCAGUUUAGCUGGCAGCAACACUCUUGUAGAUAGCUAGCUAGCUAGCUAUCUCAAUGAAAGUAUUUUAUGUUUGUUUUACUAUUAUUAAAAAACGUUGUGGAAUAGGUGAAAUAGCUAGCUAACUUACCCAGUUACAAAAGCUAUAGCUAGCUCGUUAGUUGUAGAAGCUAUCUAGCUAGGUUCUUGUAGCUAAUUGUAGUGUUUAAAAUCAUCAGAAGACCAGAGCAGUGUUCAAUUUCCCUUGGCUGGCUGGUCAUAUAUAUUGUGGCGCCAAGCCUUUAUCAGUCUUAGGGUUAAAAAAGUUUAAAAAAUGUUACUGCUUUUAUGACUUGUCUGAAAGUUUGUUACAUGUAACUAGGGUAAUUAGCCAUGAUCCACAUUCCCUUGGAGGUUCAUCUGGAUGGGGGGGGGGGGGGGGAGCUAUGGUAACUUUCAAUAACCAGCAUAUAUAAUAGCCGCAUUACAAAAUUGAACCGGUGUCUCCUGCACAAAGUAUGUGAGUUAUGUGACCUCCCAAAAAUGUAUCGAGUGUGUUAAAAGUAACCUUGGAAAAAGUAUCUGCUAUAUAGCAUUCUAUAAGAGCUAGUUUUUCUGACUAAAAUAUGGACAUAUUGGAUACAAUAUAAUUUUUUUUUCUUUUAAUUCAUUUACCCGAAAUACAAUGUCUUUCCUGUACCACAUUUACUUUAUCGUCGUGAAAAAAUAUAAUAUAUAUACAAAUAUUUAUUCCAAAAACACCAAACUAAUUUGUGAAAAUAUUGUGUUGUGUUCACUUCUCUGUGAAGUGUCUAGCUAGCAUACUGGAACAAUGUGCAAUAUUUCAUGUUUUUAUAUAAAUAAGAUAGCAUAGCUUCAUAAAUGUACAACACAAGACAUUUCAUUCCUAGCCAAACAAUUAUGGUAGGCAUAAAUGCUUUUCAAAUCAUGGAUAUUAAAUAUUUAUUAUCUUUUCAUUCUUUUUAUAUAAAAGUGUUAAUUUAUAUAGUUCUUUUAUUGCUUGUGACAACUUCAUAAGUUUCUCUGCAUCAACAUUUCUGGUAUUGAACACAUUUGUUUCUGGACAUUUGUAACUUUAUUUAUAUAUAUUAAGCUGUGAAUUUCUAUAUUACAACUUAUAUACAUCAUAGCUGGUCUUUGAAUACCAUUUGUACCUUGCACAGUGAAGUCGUUUGUUUAAAGGCAUUAUACAAUAUUUUUUAUAUAUACAUCAAUGACAUUCUUUAUCGGUAAAAAUGUCAUAACUUUUGUUGACAUCAGUGUGUGAAAAAUCAUGUUAAAACACAGAAGCUUUUGAAUGCAAAAAACAUCUUUAUAUUUAUUUUUUAUUACUUGACUGAUACACGGAAGAGUUAUGUGAAAAAUGCAAUGGUUUGAUUUGUUUAUGGCUUAUAAAACAGGGAUUUUUAUGCACCCAUUCUUUGGUUUUUGGAGGGCAAUAAUAUAAUGAUACCAUAAGAACACAAGAUAAUGUCUAUAAUUUUUUUUAUUAUUUGCAUAUUCUUUAAUAUUUCUUUAAGAACAAAUGAACAGCUGAUUUGCCAUAGAAAGUAUAUAUGUGCUACUGGAUACGGUGGUAGAUGCAAUUAUAUAUUAUAUAUGUAAUGUACUCUUUAAAUGAUAUAAAACUGUCUUUAAAAGCUCUGCUAAAAUUCAGACAAUAUUGACAUCGAAAAACAAAUGCCAACUACCACCACUAAGUCAACCCGGCAUAUACAUUAUCCCAUGCAAAUGCGGCAAAAAAUAUUUUGGGGAGACGAAGUUGGGAAUUGCUACCCGCUUCGAACAACACAAAGACACGAACAUUAAAGAAAAGUGGAGCGCAUCAGGAGAUUCAUUUCACUCUAGUUCUUGUAAUGCUGGUUAUGAUUGGGACAAUGCGAAAAUGCUUAAACAAGAAUUUAAUAAAUUUGAUCGUAAGUUAUAAAGAUAAAGAAGUUAUAAAGAUAAAGAAGUUGACAUAAACGCUGCUAGAAAAUAUCCACAUUGAUGCAACACAUUCCAACUGCUUGGCGAGAUUCGUGAACCAUGCCCAUCCCGGUGUGCCAAUUGUAAAAUGGUGUUACUGGUUCGUGACAAAGUGCCGUAUCUAGGCUUAAAGUCUCUAAAACUCAUAAAGACUAAUGAAGAGCUUAGAUACGAUUAUGGUGACAAAUGCAUGUUGUCUUUGUGAAAGCAGAAGAACUUGUGUGUGCCAUUACAUUUAAAAGAUAUAGAGAAUCAGCUAAAAAAGAUCUCCCAUGCAAGUAUUCUGAAACUGAAGUAUUAAAAGAGCCUUACAUGAUUAUCAGAGAUCGUGAAAAUUUGUUCAAGCCAUUAAUAUAUACGACGAAGAUCCCUAAUCUUUACUUUGAAAAGGGUUGUCUGUUUGAAAUCGACAAGGAAAUCACAAGACAUGACUCGUGUGAUACAAGGCAUCUUAACAGUUCACAUCUAAAUUAGUAUUCUCUAUGGUGCUCUUUUUUAUUCCUAGGGUCACUAUUUUAAAGUAAGAGUCUGUGUGUUUUAAUUUUAUGCUAACUACAACUUCUUAACUGUUUCUGGAAAAGCAUUACUUGGUGCUUUGCAGCUAGUGGGCGGCAAAAAACUUUUUUUAUGGUAUGACAAAUCAACAACGUAGAAAAUGCCUAGAUGUAUUUUCUACAAUUCCUGCAUUACACGUUGUUUUUUGAAAGAUAACCGUAUUUUGACCUGAGCCUCAAUUUUCUUUGCAAAAUGACUGAAUAUAGGCUCAAAUUUUCUUAUUUUUUUUCUUAAUUUUUAUUCCUCUUUGUUUUCUUUAUAAAUAACUACUAUAUUUUAUCGACAUUUGAAAUAACAUUUUUAUUGAAGAAAAAAAGACCUCUUUUGUUAUUUUGGGAUAAAACUUUGUUAGUAAUUAAUUCCACUAUUUUGAAUACAUUUUGCCUCCAGAGAUCCAUGAAUGCUGUAUAGCUACUUUACUGAAAAAAAAGAAACUUGAUUGUGUUCUUCUGAAAUUACGGUGAUUUUGGUAACUGUAAAUCUAAAUAUCAAGGUCUUUAAAAAUUGAAUCUUGACAAGCUGAAACUGGGGAUUUUCCUAAAAUGUUUUUACGAUUUCAAGGUUUUUGAGCGUCAUCUAAUAAUCUACACAUUUGUAAAAGAAAGCGCAAUAGUAUUCGUUUUAUCAUAACUCCAACAACGUCUCUUAAGAUCCUUUCUAUUAAUGUUCACGUAAUAAAUAUGUUCUUCCUAGACCUCAAGAUGUUGCCGAUGAUGGCUUUUGUGAAUGUUGCAAGAUACGUUACACAUCACUACAACAUGUAUAUGUAUGCUAUGACCCCUUUUUUUCUUGUAGAUCAAAUCUGUUUCUUGGAUACAAGAAUUAUAUCGAUGGAAAAAUAAAAAUGAUAGUUUUUUGACAGAAAGACUCGUUUAGCUAUUGUUAUUGUUUUGAUAGCACCUCGACAGUGAUCGUCAUAAAAGCUUCGUUACUAAAAAAAAAAAUUAUGAUAAAGUAGACCAGUUGAUAGCUAAAAAAGUUGGUUGUGGCGACUUUGUCGAAGCAUGCAAGAAGAAAGCUGCUAAAAAGUAUGUACUUAGAAAUAAUAGGAAAUGUGAUUUUAGAGAAGUAUGUUAUAUUAUAAGUAGUUACAUGAAACUACGCAUUUAGUAUGUUGUAUUAGUUCAUCAAAGUGAUAAUAGUAUGACACAUUAACAGAAGUGAAUGUCAGUAAUUUAGAACAACUCUUACGAGGAAAAGUAUUAGAAGCAGAUACGUUUUAUUCUUUCUCAGUCAUAAUAUAUAAUAGUCUUUUUAUUUUAACUAUUAGGUUUUGAUAAAGAAAAAUAAAUCUUCAGGACAUUCUCCAAAUAAAUAAUUAGCUAUCAUUUUUUGCGUGCAUUUCCGAAUAUAUGUGAAAAAACGCUAAUAUUUUUUCAUCUCACGCUAAUAUUUUUGCUUCAUAGUUUUUGGGCGUCAGUUUUUUUACUUUGAUUUCUAAGUGAUAUCCGUCGUUUCGUAGUUCAUAAGCAAAAGCGAUAUGUCCCAAUUAGAGUUAUGAUUUGUUAGCAUCAUCAUCAGCAUCAUGUCAAGUACCUAUCUGUUUUUAAUAAAAAUUUCUGGUGCUGUGUAUGAAAGAAGAUUGGUCCAAACUCCAGUUAAUCUGCUAACGACAAGAUGAUCUCAUCGUUGGACUAGCAUUCAGAUUCGCGUGCAAAUUCACUUAUAUCAAGUAGAGUAAAAAGAAAAUCUAGGAUGCUAGUUAGUAAUAGGACGUUAACUUUUGAGUAAGCUGGUUUUAAAUAGAAGCGUCUACAGUGAUAAAUCUAAUUGUAAGUAUUUUUAGUCUUUAAGUUACCUAGUUAGUAAACCAGCUACACAGUUUAAACAGUAGUUGCAAUACGAAUUACAACUUAUUAUUAUUAUUCAGUACAGUUUAAAGGUGUUAAAAACUCAAAGUAGUAGUAUUAUAUGACAAUAUAUAAUGACCACAUACACUUAUCGGUUAAAAAUUGAUAAUCCAUAUUAUAAUCUACAUCGAUUUUAGGUGCUGGCUUAAUUGCGAAGAUGAUUCACUAGCGAAAAGUGUAGGGAGUCAGAACACUAUAUAUGGAAUAGAAACAUCUGGUUCAGAGCUGCCAAAAUUUAUCUGUUCUUCCAUCCACGAUAUUUAUUGAACAUUUGCAACAAACAUGCAUCAAACAUUCGCAAUAAGAUGAAAAUAAAUUUACACAAGUUAUUGACUUGAUCAAUUCAUGGCUUGAAAUUCAUUAAAAGUAUUAUAGAACAUUCAAUUUAUUGUUAGGUUAUGCUAUAAAUGUUUUUCUAUUUACAAAACAUAGCAUUUUAAUUGUAAUUCAUAUUUCUUCUUAUUGGAAAAAAGAUUAUAUUUUAUUAUA